AUGAUCAGAACGAACGUGAACUGGUCAUCAUCUUCACGCAUUUUGUGUGUACUGUUGUUGAUUACUCUCCUGUGUUAUGUGAAGGCAGAAAAACCUGUCCUCACCGUUGAGUCACAACAUAAUCAUCAUGAUGAAGAAGUGAAACCAAUAACAACAACAACCGCCACCAAUACUCUCACAACUGACACUUCCGUGAACUCGGCUGCGUCUGUACAAUCACAUUCCUCUUCCUCCACUUCCAAGGUUAAGCUAUUAUUCUCACAAUAUUGGUCACCAUUGAAAGCUGGCUCUCAACCACACAUUGAUGACAUGCACGGAUUUGAAUUUGUGUUGACAGAACGAACUGGACAACGAAAGAGCUAUAAUGGUGUUUUGCAGAUUCAUGCCAGCAGCACUCCACAAUGGGUCAACGUCGAUGUCUUUGCUGGUCAAGUGUCAUAUCAUUUGAACGUGUUGAGAAAGACAGCUUCUUUUAAGGUCAUUCAAAACACUUCCAAGUUUUGUUUCUCGUUGAACUUUAUUCCUAGAAACAAUACGUUACUUGCCAAAGUUGCUCAAUUUGCCACUUCUUUACUGGCUGGUCAACAAACCACCUAUCGAUUUUCUCAAAAUAGUGUCAAAUACGAUGCCUUGAUCAACCAACUCUGUAAUAAUGCUUCAUUGAAGAUGGAUGCCUUUGUUUUGGGUGAUGACGGUUUUGUUUCAUGUGCUCCUGCCGUAUCCUCAUCCUCUGUUGCAGUGAAACCUCAAUUCUUUAUCACUAGAAACGUAUUGAUCAAGGUCACCAAGCAGAUCGAGGGUAAGGCGAGACAAUUGGCAAAGAGAUGUUUGUCGUUGGAAAAGUUCGAUCGACAACUGGCCAUAUCCUUGGGAGAUCGUUACUUUGCUGAAUUGUUGCAAGACACCGUUGACAAUCGAGAGACUAUAACUGCAGCCUUCCCAAGACCAACCUUCUGGUUUGAAUCGAGUGCUGAGGCUUGUGAAUUCCCUUACAUGGCAGACUCAUCCAAGUGCAACAGUCGAAACACUCAACCUGGAACUAAGGUGUGUAUUUUCGUUCAUGGUGCAGGUGGUGUGAAAGAUCAAGCUCCAAAAUACAAUUCAUUCAAAGAUUAUUGGGGUGAUAUUGAACAAUGGACUCCUCAAUGCUCAAAGAGAGUCUUUGCAGUGAGGAACACUCGAGAUGUUGGUUGGGAUGAUCGAAAUUUGCAAAAGUAUUAUUGCGACUUGGCUGUUCGAGAAAGUGGACUCAAUCACACUCUGAAUGGUGUUCCUCAAGUGAAGAAUGUCGUCCUCUUUGCUCACUCACAAGGAGGUUUGGUCAUUUCAGCUGCUCUCAAGAACAAACUCUGUGCCUUCCAUUCAUCAUCGAGUUGGUACUCUGUGUCGACUCCUUUCGAUGGUUCUGAUGUCGUUGAAAAGUUGAUCAAGUAUUGUGCUGCUUACUCAAAGGGACCAUUCAAUCCAUUGAAUAAGGAUUACGUGUUUGGUUAUUUAGCAGCCAAGUACGGUUAUUGUAAUCAAAAGACCGGUCUUCCCUAUCCAGGAUACAUGUCUUUGGCUCCAAAUUAUGUGGCUAAGGACGGAACAACCACAAGCUCUGCCAUGAACAAUUUCUUAGUCGCUCGUAACAUCAAACCCAAUGGAAGAAUGUGCGGAACCAGUCCAACUGGUCUUCUCUCUCGUUAUUCCUUCGUGUUGACUUUGCUUGUGGAUGCCACUCAGACUGAACAGCCCAACGAUGGAUUUGUCGAGUCCUCGAGUUGUACCAAACACUCCUCUCAAUCAUCCUAUUCUGCUUCGUUUAGUUCCAAUCAUUAUCUUGCUAAUUUGAAUCAUGCUGAUACCUCAUGUAGAAAUGGUAACGGUUGGUUCUCUCGUUCGAAACAACCAUGCUUGUAUUAUAAGGAUAAAGUGUAA